AUGAUGCUUACCAACUUCACAAAAUUUAAUUCCACUAAAUACAACUCCCUCCCUGAGGUCAAUGUUGCCUCCAGAAUUUUACAACAACACCCUAAUUUUGCUGAACUUCUGGGAAAAAUCUAUUUUCUUACCAAAGCACAUUCCAUUGAAUUGGGAGUUCAAUUAAUCUAUCGUCAUAUGCAAGUAGACGAAGUAAAAGUCAUGAUUGAGAAAUUCCAGUUCCACCAAAACGCAUCAGCCUUCAUUACCUCAGUUAGUUUUCCAACUGACCAAGUUUAUCCUGCUAGUUGGUUACUUGAGGACGAUGGCAAAUUGACAGUAUUUGAGUAUUCCAUAGAUAUUUUGGUGAAGCGUACCUUCGAAAAACUUAUCAAGAAUCCAAGUAUUUUCGUGGAGAUAUGUGAUUUAAUCAGGGACUAUCACUUUGAGAAUUUACUUGCACCUUGUAUCACCGCACGAGAUUCAUUGAAGCAUUUUGAAAAGGAAAACGGAUUUAUGGAGACAACUGAUUUUAAAUCCAAUGCUAGUAUUGUGAAGAAUAUGAAAAAUUCUCAGAUAGUGGAUGAUAAAAACGCAAUUAUUAAUACUAUGUGGGCGUAUUCAGUGAGCGAUAAUUGUUUUGGAGAUGAUAAUCAUUGUCCUCUUCAUUGUAGACAUUGUCUCCAUUGUGAUAAAAAUGAAGGUGUUGAUCCAGAAGAUGGUCUUGAUACAGAGGGUGUUGUUGGAUGUGAGGUCUUUUUAAGACUAGGAUUUCCUCAAGGAAUUUUUGAAGUAGUUCCAGAUCCUGAGGUAUUUGCAGAUGAUGAUGCAACAUUUGGUCUAGGAAUUUUUGAUGGUUGCGAUCUGCUCGGUAUAUUAGGAAACAUUGUUAAUAGAUCUAGACCUGGUAAAUUCAUUGAUAUUAUUUUAGAUGAGGUUUAUAAUAAAUCUGUGCCUAAACCCAUCAAUCUCCAUCCUGGAUAUGAUAUAGAGUAUAUUAGAAACUGUUAUGGUUUUCUUUAUCCUGGUCAAUUCAAAAAGAUGGUUGAGAUCGAAAAAAUAUAUGAUAAUUUAUCUAUUAUUAGUUCAUAUGAAACUCCACAAUCAUCUGGGCAAGAAGUAACCAAAACAUACUAUGAUAACUAUGAAGGGAGAGAAAUUACCAUUGGUUAUCAGAGACCCAAUGAUAUUCAUAAUAGCAAAAUGGCUAUUUGCUUCGAUUGCUGGAAAUUGGUAAAGAUCCCUGAUAGAGCUCCAAAUGGGUCAGGUCAGGUCAGGUUAUAUUAG